GUAUGUUCAUUCGACUUUCGUUCGAGACGUUAACACCACUGACAUUAUUUCUCCACACCCAACCAAUUUCUCCACCGGAAAAAACCCUCCUCUCCGAUGACCGGAAACAACCCAAUCUCCGGCCAGUGGCCACUACUCUAUCUAUCCAUACUAUGUAUCUCUCUAAUAUUACACAACUCCCAGGCUCAACAAUCAUAUGUCAACAACAAGCAACUCCAGUGUGAACAAAACUACACAACCACCCUGGGCUACAACUGCUCCAGAGCCACCACCCCCAGCUGCCUAUCUUACGUCACUUUCCGAUCAAACCCUCCUUACACCACCCCUACCUCUAUCGCUAAUCUCCUCAACAGCAGCCCCUCUGAAGUUUCCAGGCUCAACAAUUUCUCUAAUGACUCUCCCAUUAGUCCAAACACUCUUGUCAUAGUCCCUGUCAAUUGCUCAUGCUCAGGGGCCAGAGCCCCUGGAGGCCCAUUUUAUCAGCACCAAACCAAUUACACAUUGAAAGCCCCUGGUGAAACAUACUUCAGUGUGGCCAACAAUACUUUCCAGGGGCUCACUACUUGUCAAACCCUGAUUUCUCAGAACCCGUAUAACGUUCGAAACUUGUUAAUUGGGAUGGAACUGAGUGUGCCUGUUAGAUGUGCUUGUUUGAGUAAAAAACAGGUGGAUGAGGGGUAUAAGUAUCUUCUGGCUUAUCUGAUUGAUUGGGGGGAUAAUGUGAAUCGGAUUUCUCGCGAGUUUGGUGGGAGUGGAGCUGUGAAUACGAGUGUUUUGGAAGCUAAUGAGCUCACUGGGGAGAGCAUUAUUUUUCCCUUCACACCGUUGUUGGUUCCGCUUAAGAGAGAGCCUAAUAGGUUGGAAUUGUCAGCUUCUCCGCCUCUUCCACCGCCUUCUCCUACGCUGCCUCUUAAUCCUGAUAAUGAUGAUGAUGAUUCUUCGAAGAAAUGGGUGUUUAUUGGAGUUGGGAUUGGGGCUGGUUUGCUGGUACUUGGGUGUUUAUCUGGUUUUCUUGUCUGGUUUUUCAGGAGGAAGUCAAGAAAAGAAGCGAGUCAAGCGACUGCGGUGGUUCCUAAUCGGUAUGGUGAUUACCAUAAGCCGGUGGAGACAGGGGGUAUUCCAUCGUCGUCAUGGUCUAUUACGUCAGAAGGGGUGAGGUAUGCUAUUGGAUCCCUUGCACAUUACAAGUUUGAGGAGUUGCAGCAAGCCACUGGAUUUUUCGGGGAGGCGAAUAGGAUCAAAGGGUCUGUUUAUAGGGGAUUUUUUAAUGGAGAUUGUGCUGCUGUAAAGAUUUUGAGAGGAGAUGUUUCGACGGAGAUUGGUAUACUCAAGCAGAUCAAUCAUUCUAACAUAAUCAGGCUUUCUGGUUACUGUGUGCACCAGGGUAACACUUACCUUGUUUAUGAGUAUGCAGAGAAAGGCUCUGUUAGUGAUAUGCUGCACGAGCCGAGUCUGGUUAAGAAGGAUGACACGAUACCUUCUGAUGCUAAUGUUUUGGGAUGGAUUCAGAGGGUUCAAAUUGCUUAUCAUAUUGCUGAUGCUUUGAAUUAUCUACAUAACUGCAUAAAUCCUCCCUACAUCCAUAAGAACUUGACUAGCAGCAAUGUACUUCUGGACAGCAAUUUAAGGGCCAAGGUCGCGAAUUUCAGAUUUGCGAGGUCUCUCAUGGAUGGUGAGGAGGGAGGUGGUAUGCAACUGACUAGACAUGUGGUGGGAACUUAUGGGUGUAUGGCGCCGGAGUACAUUGAAAACGGGCUAAUUACUCCUAAGCUUGAUGUGUUUUCUUUUGGAGUGGUGAUGUUGGAGCUCUUGUCGGGUAAAGAAGCUGUGCAACAUAAGAACACUGAGACAGGAAAAGAGGACGAAUUGCUUUCUGCUAUGAUUGUUGAGGUACUGGGAGGGGAGAAUGUGAGAGAGAAGCUUGGAGAGUUUAUGGAUCCUUGCCUGAAAAAACAGUACCCAUUAGACUUGGCAUACUCUAUGGCGCAGCUGGCUAGGAGCUGUGUUGCUGAUGAUCUCAACUCUCGUCCCUCUUCUGCAGAGGUUUUUAUGACAUUGUCUAAGAUUCAUUCGUCCUCGCUAGACUGGGAUCCCUCUGAUGAACUCGAGUAUUCUAGGUCGAUGAGCCAUGGCAGAUAAAGAACCCGAUAGAGAACACCCAAGAUUCCUUCUAUGUUCUUUCUACUCUUAGCUGCUUAGGAUCAAGUAUUCAUCACGAGUGUAUAACAUAUUAACCUUCCUCGAAUGUAUUCAUAUAUUUUUAAGUAUAGCAGUAAUGUAUUAAAGAGCUAUAGUAGCAAGUGAAUUGUUUAAAUCAGUUUGAGAUGGCUUUUUGUGGCUUAA